AUAUUUCUUAAAUUAUUUUUCUUCUUUCUCAAAGAAGCUCGAAACCUUUGAAUUCAUAGUCACCUAAAGGCGGAGGUUAACUUGCCAGUAACAGCUUUGAGGGAUGAGAGCUAACAUCAGGGGACAGACAUUUUCUUUUACAAAUAACACAUUGUUAUGUAUUGUUCUCCAUCACCCACGCCCAAAUGGCUACUCGACCUAUGAAAGAAAUCGCACCAUGAGCACAGAUAACCCCAGGCUUCAGGUCUGUAAUCUGACUGUAGCCAUCAGCAGCCAGAAAUGAGUUUCUUUCUAAUCAGCUUUCCAUCAGUCCCCAGUCACACAUAUAAAGGAGCCUGGGGAGGGGAGGAUUCACAUUGUUCUUUCUUCAGCACCAGGAUUCUGGACAGCGCCCCGAACGGGCUGCCAUCCUCCAGCUCCUUCCUUUCUUAAUCUCCUCCAGGGCUGCUAUUGCCCCUCUAGUACCCCCUGCUGCAGAGAAGGAAAAUUACAUCGGGAUCCAUGCAGCCGGCAAUGAUGAUGUUUUCCAGUAAAUACUGGGCAAGAAGAGGGUUUUCCCUGGAUUCAGCGGUGCCCGAAGAGCAUCAGCUACUUGGCAGCUUAACACUAAAUAAAGCUAACUCUGGCAAAAAUGAUGAUAAAAAAGGCAGCCGAGGAAGCAGCAAAGGGGAAACGGCUACUGACAGUGGCAAGACAGCGGUCAUGUUCUCUUUGAAAAACGAAGUCGGCGGCUUGGUCAAAGUGCUGAAACUCUUCCAGGAAAAACAUGUCAACAUGGUUCACAUCGAGUCCAGGAGAUCCCGGCGAAGAAGUUCAGAGGUGGAGAUCUUUGUGGACUGUGAGUGUGGCAAAACAGAAUUCAAUGAGCUCAUUCAGUUGCUGAAAUUUCAAACUACAGUUGUGAUGCUGAAUCCGCCAGAGAACGUUUGGACAGAGGAAGGAGAGCUAGAGGAUGUGCCCUGGUUCCCCCGGAAGAUCUCUGAAUUAGACAAAUGCUCUCACAGAGUUCUCAUGUAUGGUUCUGAGCUUGAUGCUGAUCACCCAGGAUUCAAGGACAAUGUCUAUCGACAGAGAAGAAAGUAUUUUGUGGAUGUGGCCAUGAGUUAUAAAUACGGUCAGCCCAUCCCCAGGGUGGAGUACACAGAGGAAGAAACGAAAACUUGGGGUGUUGUAUUCCGGGAGCUCUCCAAGCUCUAUCCCACGCACGCUUGUCGGGAGUAUUUGAAAAACUUCCCUCUGCUGACUAAAUACUGUGGCUACAGGGAGGACAACGUGCCCCAGCUUGAAGACGUCUCCGUGUUUCUGAAAGAAAGAUCUGGCUUCACCGUGAGGCCAGUGGCUGGGUACCUGAGUCCCCGAGACUUUCUGGCAGGACUGGCCUACAGGGUGUUCCACUGUACCCAGUACAUCCGCCAUGGCUCGGACCCCCUCUACACCCCAGAACCAGACACAUGUCAUGAGCUCCUGGGACAUGUUCCACUGCUUGCGGAUCCUAAGUUUGCUCAGUUUUCCCAGGAAAUAGGCCUGGCAUCUCUGGGAGCAUCAGAUGAAGACGUGCAGAAAUUAGCCACGUGCUAUUUCUUUACAAUUGAGUUUGGCCUGUGCAAGCAAGAAGGGCAACUGCGGGCGUAUGGAGCAGGACUGCUUUCUUCCAUUGGAGAGUUAAAGCAUGCUCUUUCUGACAAGGCAUGUGUGAAAGCCUUUGACCCGAAGACAACUUGCUUGCAGGAAUGCCUUAUCACCACCUUCCAGGAGGCCUACUUUGUUUCAGAAAGUUUUGAAGAAGCUAAAGAAAAAAUGAGGGACUUUGCAAAGUCAAUUACCCGUCCCUUCUCAGUGUACUUCAAUCCCUACACACAGAGUAUCGAAAUUCUGAAGGACACCAGGAGUAUUGAGAACGUGGUGCAGGAUCUCCGCAGUGAUCUGAACACAGUGUGUGAUGCCUUGAACAAAAUGAACCAGUAUCUGGGGAUUUGAUGCCCGGGAACAGUAUUGUCACCAGCGUGAUCUUUUUGAGGGCUUAGCAGUCAAUGUCAUAUAACACCAAUACCUGUGUCUGUGUCAUGGCUUGGCUAGCAGGCAUGCAAUUAUGUAUAUCUCUACCUGCUUGUAACUUACUGUGCUGAUGUGUGAAACACCAUUAAGAACCCAGUGACAGGUAACCACUCAUUGUAGGAAAGAUUUUAAUAUGUUUAAGUGUCUUAAAUUGAUUUGACAUUCCUGCUUAGUGUCUUUCACCAAACUGCAUCUAUUUAAAAUUUGUAACAAAUAGCCCUCUUACGAUUCUGGCU